AAAAAAGGCUCGUCCGGCGCACAAUAGCACAUCGAAUCCUUUGACCAAAACGAUGUCGUAUUUGCUGCCUCACCUUCACUCUGGAUGGGCCGUCGACCAGGCCAUACUCGCCGAGGAAGAACGCCUCGUCAUCAUCCGCUUCGGCCACGACUGGGACGAAACUUGCAUGCAGAUGGAUGAGGUGUUGGCUUCGGUAGCAGAAACACUAAAGAAUUUUGCGGUGAUAUACCUGGUGGAUAUAGCAGAAGUGCCUGAUUUCAACACCAUGUACGAACUGUACGACCCUUCGACUGUGAUGUUUUUCUUCAGAAACAAGCAUAUUAUGAUCGAUCUUGGCACAGGGAACAACAAUAAGAUCAACUGGGCUUUGAAAGAUAAGCAGGAGUUUAUCGACAUUGUCGAGACUGUGUACCGCGGUGCUAGGAAGGGCCGUGGUCUUGUCAUUGCUCCUAAAGACUACUCCACCAAAUAUCGAUACUGAGUCGGUUACAUGCAUAUGUCUCUCUCAUUAAAUUUAGGGUAAGUUACAACCACCCCUGAUGUAAGAUCUAUUUACG